UGCAGAUGGACGCUUCUCCCUAGAAGAGUAGGUUAAUGGUAUUGCCAUGGCAACGACUAGAGCGUCAACAUGUCCGGAGGAGCGACACGUCGUGAAAAGAAAGAGCUACCAAAAGUAAAGGACAACAAGCUUCAGAAAGAGGAAGCUGUCUUCCUCCAGUGGGAAGCGAUGACACAGCAACAAAUCCAAGACCUGCUGAAUAAAACUGGGGAUGAAGUUCAGUCGGAAAUGAAGGACAUUCUGGGCUUCAGGAACCAUCAGACGUGUAUGAAGGAAUCUGCACUGCUGGAUUUCUAUGUCUGUGGUUUCUGGUGGGCAAAAGAGGCCAACUUCACCCCCCGACAGACCUCCUUCCUCAUGGCUAUACUGCACAUGCUGUUGGAUAACAUAAUAGAGAAACGGAUGGUUUUAGUGGAGAACUUGAUGGAGUUUGCGAAGGCCUUAGGUGCUGCCUGCCAGUGCUCGUCUUCAGAGGAAGACACAACUUCACUUCUAGACAAAGAAGAAGCCAUGGCACUCAUAAGUUACAUCAGAAACAGGUGUGUCCAAGACGUCAUAAUCAUGGUGAGACAGAAAUGCAGCAGGCAGCAACAGUAACUCUGUAGAAGGAUCUGCCUUUGGGUAUGACGAAAUCCAAAAGAUGAAUGACGUAUGGAAGUUUGAAAGCUGAUGAGUAGGAUCUAUUGGAGUGUUUUGGGGCUGCUCUCACACCCAGAUGUUACACAGACAACAAAGAAAUAUAAACCGUUCCAAGAAAUGCCAAAGAAGCUCCAGAAAUCCAGACAUUCGGCUUUACUCAACUAGACGCCGUGGCCAGCAAGACAGAUGAGGUUAAUGGCAAGCGAGAUGAUGAGGCUAUUGAUACUUGGUGUGGCGGUGCCGUGGAGGGAAGAGAGACUGAUAAUGAGUCUCUUCUUGAUGGAGUACAUCCUGGCAGCAAUGAUGAUGGGGUGGAUGGAAUAGUGCAUUGGGAAAGGGGGGCUGUUGAAUGGAUGUAUCAUGAAGCCGUCAUCUUCUUUAGUAAGGAGCCUGUCCUCUGUAUUGGGCUCAGAAAACAAAGAUUUCAAUGAAGCAGCCCGCGCCAUACGUUAUACCUAGAUGUAUGAAAUUGUGGAAGCAGAUGUAUCAUUUCUAGCCUCUUGGAGCAUAGCAGGUGUAUGUUGCUACUAUGGAAGCCCAAGCACAGACGCAGACACAGGGGAACUUGUACCACUAAUAUUUUAUUUAGCCACUUGCACACACAAACACCAGCAUACCUGGUACCGAUUCAGCUUCUGGCUACCAGCCUCACGCUUCUCUCUUCCCGUACCAAACUCGCUACAGUCCCUGCAACAAUAUUACCUGUGUCCUACAGCUACUUCGGCUGUUCUCUCGAUGGCGUGUAUGUCAGGUAGGUUGGGGAGCAUCUGAGGUCCAGCAUGCUAGUGCAUUUAAAAGGAGAGCACAAUUAGUAAAUAAACAACAGCUGUGAAAAUGCUCUCUCUCUGGCACUGCUCAACUCCCCCGCCUCUCCCUUCUGCAGCUGAAUGGCAACCAUGCACUCCUUCACAAAGCCAUAUCCUAAACCCAACAAGAAGUCACCCAUCUUGAAAUUAAAUCACUUUUUAAAGGUA